CCGCGUUGUAGUUCCGGUAUGAACUGUGUCCUCUGCUGACUGGCAUCAUGCGCUCGCUGGCUGGCUUUUUCUUGGUGUUAGGCUGCGCUACCUUCUAUCUGUAUGUGCUGAGCACCCGCCUGCGCCCUGGCCGAGGACGGGAAGCCGAGAGAUCGUUGGUUUUCCCUUCUGACUUGGAAGAACUACGGGAAUUGUCUGACUUCCUGCAGGAGUAUAAAAGAGAGCACCAUGGCUAUGUUACUGUAUUGUUCUGCAGUGCGUAUUUGUACAAGCAGGCUUUUGCUAUUCCUGGAUCCAGCUUCUUGAAUCUUCUGGGUGGAGCUCUGUUUGGACCCUGGCACGGCCUGUUUUUGUGCUGCACACUAACCUCAUUGGGUGCCACAUUCUGCUAUCUGCUCUCUCGUGCUUUUGGCAAGCAGAUUGUAGUCAUGUACUUUCCCGAGAAGGUGUCCAUGCUGCAGAAAAAGAUAGAAGAGAAUCGUAGCAGUCUUUUCUUUUUUCUCCUUUUCUUGCGCUUGUUUCCCAUGACACCUAAUUGGUUCCUGAACUUGUCUUCACCUAUUUUGAACAUCCCAGUGGGCCAAUUUUUCUUCUCCGUCCUUAUUGGUCUGCUGCCAUAUAACUUCAUCUGUGUGCAGACAGGAUCCAUUUUAUCGAAGAUCAAGUCUCUAGAUGAUAUGUUUUCUUGGGGUACGUUACUGACACUGUUGGGUAUAGCUCUUGCUGCCCUAAUCCCUGGUGCUAUUGUCAAAAAGUUCAGCCAACAUAACCUGGCACCAGAGAAAAAAGGACAGUUGGUGAAUGGCAGAAAAUCAACGUGAUUGCAGUUCUCAGUCAAAGAGACACUAAAGGAAACACAAAGGAUUCUAUUUAUGGGUGACAUCUCUCACUGUGUAGAGAAAAAUCAGUCUCUCCUUGCAGUGAAAGGGUUUUUAACUCUGCGUCUUACUUUUCUCUGUGAUUACCAAUCACUUUUUCAACCAUUCUUUUAUAUGAUGUGUAUCGAGAGGCAGAGUUUUGGUGAUCUUAUUUUACCUCUUUGUGUGUCUCAGAUGUAUUGGUUACUGUUGGUUCUGUAGAUGUAUUUGUGGUAGGGAAGCAGGUGGGCGAUUCUGUGUGUUUAUGCAUAUCAGACACACUUAGAUGUAGUAUCUAAAAGCUGCUAAACAACUAAAAAUAUAUAUCCAUCUCAUUUAGAGCCCAAUUCUGGGCAAAAACAAAAGAACCGCCCCACCUCACCCUUUUCCGUCUGAUUGCUGGCAAAAACGACCCCUAAAACCUAAAUUCCCUUUUUACUUGACAAUCCGUUUCCAAGUCUUCCGCUCUUCUGUUUACAUCCGGUGGAGUCCUCCUUGGGUUGUAUAUGUCACUGACUGCGUGGUAUGGACACUUCAUAUUGGCGGCGGCAACAUUUCCAGUGGCAGGUUCCCCUCACAUUGCUUCAGAGGAAGAAGAACGACAUGGGAGCAGUAAGGGAACCCAUCACCGAAGAGAUAACAGGUGGGAAAAGGGCCCAGUCCCCAGGGCAGGAAGUGAGCUUUGCACAUAGAGGAAAUUAUUACCUUGAGAAAUUGCACCUCAGGAUGGACUAGGAAGAUGUACUUGCAAGCAACACUGAAGAGCAAGGUAAGUCAUGCACAAUGCACUAUUAAAACGUUACUUUUGUGCAGAGUUUGGCUUUAACUAUUUAAAGUAGAAGCCGGGGCACUGACACUAAAAUAAAGAUAAAAUUGAGGAAAAUAACAUUCUAUAACCAGGUAUUUGAUGCCACUUCUCUACUUCCUAUUUCAAAACAUACUGGGUUGAUUUACUAAAACUAGAGAGUGCAAAAUUUGGUGCAGUUUUGCAUAGUAAUCAAUCGGCUUCCA